AUGCACCUACAGGAUGCGAACUUCACACCGGGGCUGCUAAAGCCCGAGGUUCUGAGCUCGGUUCCCGGGAUGAUCGACUUUGAGAACGAGUGGGAUUGCUUUAGGAUCCAGGCGACUUUCAUCAAAGGCGGGCUCCUGCUGUCAAUCUGCAUACUCCACCUCGCCAUGGACGGGCGGGCCAUAUCACUGGUCAUCCAGGCGCUGGCGCGGAACAGCUUCGUGCCGGCGGCGCCGGCCCCGGAGAGGAGUAUCGCGGCCUUUGACCGCUCGCGGCUCUCUGUGUCUAGCGCCGUGCCGGAUAUCGAAAAACUGCCUGCUUACACGAUAUCGACCGGGGCGUUCGACUUCGCUUCUAGGACCGCGGGAGCUAUCAGCACAAGGGUGUACCGGUUCACGCAGAAAUCGAUGAUCAAGGCGCGUCUCGUGUCCGGUAUCGUGGGGCCUGCCGACAAAAUACAGUACUCCUUCCCUGUGGAGUACCGGGGUAUUAUCGACCCCCCACUUCCGUCCGACUUCGUUGGUAAUGCCGUGUUGUUUACUGCUACGAAUUUCUUGCCUGUCAACCGCUUGGUCGGAGUCGGAGGAUUACAACUUGCUGCUAGGGAGAUCAGGCAGGCGAUUCGGGCCGUCGAUGCGGAGUAUGUGGAUAAUUUUAUUGCCGUGGUACAGAGCUUGCCAGAUUUGCGGAUGUUCAACUUUUAUGGAGCAUUGAACUGCACUGCGAUAACGUCCACAAGGUACAAGGGCCUCGUGAUGUCGGAGGAGUGGGGGCAAGUGCUGGGGCGGUAUGAGGGUAUGACUUUGAUGGAUAAAGGGUUUGGCGAUGGGAUGUUUGUCAUUUUGCCACCAAAGGAGGUGGGAUGGGAUGUCAUCAUUACUUUAAAGAGUGAGGCGAUGGAUGUGUUUGAAGAUCUAGAGUGGAAUAGCUAG